AUGGCUCGUGGGAAAGGCAAGAACAGGAAACGGUCGCUAGACCUCUCUUCCGUCGGCGAGAAGACGGCUUCAGCACCUUCAUCCGGUGACGAGAAGAAGAGGCGCAACCGUCGCAAGGCCAAGAUCACUCUCACGGAACCAGAGCCGACUCUCGACCCGGCGGCUGACUUCAUCGAUCUCAGCAAGAGCACACCGGACAUCGAUUACAUCGACCUUAGCAAGAGCUCGCCGAGGAGUGAGGCCAUGGACCUCUGCAAUGAGUUGGAGAGCGAUGCGAAGGCUGCGCCGGCCGAGUCCAGCAAGCAGGCGUUGGAGCGUACCCCGGACGCUAAGGGGAAGAGCCGCGAGCCUUCCUUUGAAAUCGACACCAACCCUGCUCCUGUUCCCGAGUACCACCCAUCCGCGUUCACGCCCAUGAAGUCUCUUUUGUCUAGCUUUGUGCAUAAGGAUGACGAUGACGAGGCGGAGGACGGCGAGGUCGUCGAGACCGGUGCAAAGGAACUUCAGAUCGGAAAGGGAAGGAACAAGAAACCGAUCCUGAUAGACAUCGACGUCGAGCCGCAUCCCGAGACGGAAGCGAAGCUGGACGGAGAGCGCGCCGAGAAGGACGAAGCGGAGAAGGAAGAGGAGCAUGCUGGCGAUAAGAGUGGUCUCCUGCUUCCGGAGCACGUCCGUCUGAUGGAGAGCGAUGAGGAGGAUGAUCCAAUCGAGGACUCCUUUGUUGGACCUCAGGACGGUGUGCACGUCGUCGACGACAGCAAUGCCAAGCUGGACGAGGACGAGGCUGCCUUCCUCGCGGCCGCAGACCAGCGUCAGAUAGCACGGUUUGGUCGACAUCUGACGCCCAGUGUACCACCUGUGGAGCCAUGGAUGAGCAUGACCGGCGAGACUGUCCCUGGGGCAUCGUGUGCUUCGGGUGCGGCAAGCGAGGACACCGAAAACAGGACUGCCCCGAUCCAGUUUCGCGUGCUGCGCGGAUACGAGGCUGCAACCGCUGUGGCUUGCGCGAUCACAUGGAGAACUUUGGAGGAGCGCGACGCGGCAGAGGGAUGGACGAAGGAGGCUGUUGGCGGUAAUCCGGAGACCAAGUGGUGCUACAACUGUGCCAUGGACGGACACCUCGGCGACGACUGCGGAAAGCGCCGUGGCAGCUUAGCGCGACCAGUGCUGCAGAGCGCGUUCAGCGAAGUGAUUGCGAACCGGGGUCCUUUCGCGUCCUUCCCGCGAAGACAGGGCAAGCACCAUCGCUUCGACGACCUGCCCGAGGAGACAUCUUACUCCAAGUUUGGCGGUGCCAACCCGGGCCGUCGGGGACGGGAGAAGCAGCAGCAGCGGCACCGCUAUGCUGACCGGCGAAGUGGUACGGAUAGCGACGACUGGUUCUCGCGCCGGCGAGACAGGUCACGCUCCCCGGACCGGAGGCCAUGGGACCGUGACCGCGGUGGUCGCGGUCGUGAUGACCGUCGUGAUGACCGACGCGACAACCGCGGUGGCCCGAUCAAGUUUGGCCGCAUGAGCCUCCCCGGCUCAAGCGGAAGGGACGGAAAGGGCGGACUGCUCCAGCAGGCUCUGCAUAACGGGCAGAAGCGGCGCCGGCAGCCGUCCCCGCGCCCGAUGCGGGAUUGGGACUCGGACUCGAACUCAAGCGGCGGAUUACGUAUCCGUGGCCGCGGUAAUGAUCGCGAGCGCGAUAUGGAGCGAGAGUGGCGCGCCUCGGGCGCUGGCGGCGGUAACGUCGCGGACUGGGGAGACGACUACGACCGCAUGAUGCGCGACCGCCGCGACGGGCGUGACUCGCGCGACGACCGGCCCCGCAACGGACCGUUUCCGCUCCGCUCUGGCGGAGGGCGCGGCGGACGUGGAGGAGGCGGUGGUGGCCGUGGCGGAGGGCAGCGCUACCGGGGCGGCUACUAA